CCUAGGCAUUUGUUGGUAACAAAAUGGAUGUAGACAAUAUUCUCCGGGCCUUAGGAAAGUAUGGCCGAUACCAAGUAUUACAGUUAACAUAUAAUCUGUUCUGUAUGCCUCUACUGACCUAUUGUGUUGUUAUCUAUGUUUUUAUUGGUCACGUUCCUGAGUUCUUGUGCAAGAUUUCAGGCGAAAACGUCUCGAGUUAUUUCAACAACACCCAUCGGUCAUAUAACGUCACAAUGCAUUCGAAACAAUGUGACGUCAUCCUAGAAACUAACAUAUCCAGUAUUCUAACACAAGAGACUAUUCCAUGUCAAGAUGGAUAUGAAUUUUUUGGACAGGAAACUACUGCAUCAGAGUGGAAUCUUGUUUGUGGAGCCGAGGGUCUAGGAAGCAUGUCCACCACAAUGUCAGUGAUUGGUCAGAUGAUAGGGGCUGCAUUGAUUCCCGCCCUGGCAGAUAAAUACGGUCGUCUGCUGAUAACCUACACGAACCUAAUCGCAGCGGCUUUGUGUUACAUCUUAGCGGCUGCUGUUCCUUGGUUCAGUGCCUUCGUCUUCCUUAGAUUACUCAUUGGCGCUUUUUCUGAGGGUGCAUUAAUGACGACCGGAACAUUGGCCUUAGAGUUGUUCCCUGCUGAGUCACGUGGUUUUAUCCUCUUUGCGGCUAGCAUUGUUUUUACUUUUUCUAUCACGUCAAUAUCUCUAGUAGCCUACCUUCUCAGGAACCUAUCCUGGAGAUACACUAUGCUUGCUGCCGGAAUAAUAGGCUCCCAUAGCCUGGCUUCACGCUGGAUUCUACAAGAGUCCCUGCGUUGGCUCAUCGUGAAUGGCAGAAAUAAAGAAGCAAAGGAGUGGAUCCAACGAGCUGCCAGGUGGAACAGGAUGGACCCCUCCCAAAUACUAGCCGGGUUUGACUCGGAACUGCAGAGUAGGGAACGGCAGAUGCUAGUUGAUGAAAACAAUGAGCUAACUACAUGUAUACCUGAGGCUAAUGGCGAACCAACCGGACCCGGAACUGUGCGGUUUAACUCCUAUAAAACGGAAGAGAAGUUGUCUGUAUCAGAUAUUUUCAGGAAUAAACAGAUGCUUCUGACCUCUGUAUUGGUCUGGGUGGUAUGGUUUGUAAACAGUAUGACGUAUUAUGGACUUUUUCUUCUAUCUGGUACCAUGAGUGAAAAUAUGUACCUGAAUUUCUUCUUAAACGGCAUGGCAGAGAUUCCGGGAAUAUUCAUCUAUUGGUUUACAAUCAACAGAUAUGGUAGAAGGAAAACUGGUGUCAUGUUUCACACUAUAGCUGGUGUCAGUCUUAUUUUGGCCGCAGUACUGGAUUUUGUUGGAGAUACACCAGCACUGAAAGGGCUGUCCUCUGCCAUGAUUUUUAUCGGAAAGUCUAUGAUAACAGGAUCCUUUACGACGAUCUUUAUAUACACGCCAGAAUUGUAUCCUACCAAUCUAAGGGCACUUGGUAUGGGAAUGGGGUCAGCCGCAGGUAGAAUAGGAGGCAUGGUAUCCUCAUUUGCAGCUUUGUUUGGUACCUACGUACCUUGGGGACCAGGUGUAGUGUUUGGCUGUCUGUCACUUCUGGCAACGAUAUCCUUCCUAUGGUUACCCGAAACAACUGGGAAAGAGCUACCUAAUACUCUCCUGGAGGCCUUGAGUUUCCAUUCCCAGAAAGACAAAAAGAAAAAGACAACUCUGGUUUCUUUAAAUGAAAAUAACUAGCUGAGAACGUACAAUAUAUUUUAUAUCUACAGUUGUAACCCCCCCCCCAAAAAAA